GCCUCCGAGCCCGGCGUUCGCAGCCCCGCCGGCCUGACUCCGGAGCCUCUCCGAGCCCAGGCCGGGUCGUGGCCGCCGGCGGGCUGAAGAGACCGAGACGCCAUGCCUCGACUUUGACGCGCCACCCCUGUGUGUUCCGCUUCUCCGGUUUCAGCUCCCUUCCCUCGGCUUUCCUGUUGGAGCUCUUAGGAUCGACGCUGCGGUCGACCCCGACGGCUCUGUCCUACCCUGAGAUCCCCGGGCGCCAUGGCCCAGCCCAGGAUCCCGGCUGCCCGCGGCGCCGCAGCCGGCCUCCAGGCCCAGAACGGAGCCGCCUCAGCCUCGGGGUCUCCCUACACCAACGGUCCUGUCCAACAUACACUGAUGUCUUCACAAGUAUCACUGAGCCAAGGAUAUGAUUCCCAAAUUCCAGGAUCCUACCCUCAUCCAAUGCCAGCAAAGACUUUGAAUCCAUUCUCUGCACAGUCGAACUAUGGUGGUUCUCAGGGAUCUGGACAGACUCUUAAUAGUCCACUUGUGACUUCCAGUCCAGUACCACCCUCACUUCAUAGUGGUCCUGUUCCCCGAAUGGCACUACCUACUUCUCAGAACCCAGCUGCUACACCAAUGCCUUCUGGUAGCUUUCCUCCUGGAACCAACCCCGCCCCACCUCUGAAUUGGCAAUAUAACCACCCAUCCACAGGACCACAGACCAAUCAUUUUCCUCAUGUAGCUCAGCCAACUAUACCUGGGAAUACAGAUUUCACAGCAGAUCAUCAGUAUGUUUCUUCUGGAGACCCUGCACUUCAAACCAGCUUCAAAAAGCCAGGUUCUGCACUUCCCUUACAGAAUCCACCUCUGCCUCCCACUUUUCAGCCAGGAGCCCCUCCUGGGCCUCCUCCAGCUGGAGGCCCGCCUCCCAGCCGGGGCCCUGUGCCCCAGAAAACACCUCCUAGGGCUGCACUCCUACCCUCACUUAACUCAGCUGUCAAUCAAGAAGGUAUUACAUCAAAUGCCAAUACCGGAUCUGUGGCUCACAGCACUUACGAUGAAAUUGAAGGAGGUGGCUUCUUGGCAACACCACAGCUUGUUAAUCAGAACCCCAAAACAAGCCGAAGUGUGGGAUAUGCAUACCCCUCCCUACCACCAGGCUACCAGAACACCACACCACCUGUGGCUGGAAUGCCACCCUCCUCCCUGAAUUACCCAAGUGGUCCCCAGGCCUUUACUCAGGCUCCCUUAGGUGCUAAUCAUUUAACUGCGAGCAUGAGUGGAUUAAGUCUACAUCCAGAGGGUCUAAGAGUUGUCAAUCUUCUUCAAGAAAGGAACAUGCUUCCUUCGACACCAUUGCAGCCUCCAGUCCCAAACUUGCUGGAAGACGUCCAGAAACUCAACUGUAACCCAGAGUUAUUUCGCUGCACACUGACUAGUGUCCCUCAGACUCAGGCCUUACUGAAUAAAGCCAAGCUUCCUUUGGGGCUGCUGCUCCACCCUUUCAAGGAUCUAGUGCAGUUGCCCGUAGUCACCUCCAGUACAAUUGUGAGAUGCCGGUCAUGCAGGACCUACAUCAACCCCUUUGUCAACUUUCUGGAUCAAAGAAGGUGGAAAUGUAACUUAUGUUAUCGAGUCAAUGAUGUUCCUGAAGAAUUCAUGUACAACCCUUUAACCAGAGUUUAUGGCGAACCUCACAAAAGACCUGAAGUCCAGAAUGCUACUAUUGAGUUUAUGGCUCCUUCAGAGUACAUGUUACGACCACCACAACCUCCAGUGUACCUCUUUGUAUUUGACGUAUCUCAUAACGCAAUAGAAACUGGAUACUUGAAUUCAGUUUGCCAGAGUUUGUUAGACAAUCUGGAUCUGCUUCCUGGCAACACUAGGACGAAGAUCGGUUUCAUAACGUUUGAUAGCACUAUCCAUUUCUACAGCCUUCAGGAAGGUCUCUCCCAGCCUCAGAUGCUAAUAGUUUCAGAUAUUGACGAUGUUUUUAUACCGAUGCCAGAGAACUUACUAGUAAACUUAAAUGAAAGUAAAGAGCUUGUCCAAGAUUUACUGAAAACGUUACCGCAAAUGUUUACUAAGACGCUGGAGACCCAGAGCGCCUUGGGUCCUGCACUUCAGGCUGCAUUUAAGCUGAUAUCACCAACUGGUGGUCGAAUGUCUGUCUUCCAAACACAACUCCCAACGCUUGGUGUCGGAGCCCUGAAAUCACGAGAGGAACCCAACCAAAGGUCAUCUGCUAAGGAAAUACACCUGACACCAUCCACUGACUUCUAUAAGAAGUUAGCCUUGGACUGCUCUGGGCAGCAGGCAGCCGUAGACCUAUUCCUUCUCAGUGGACAGUAUUCCGAUUUGGCUUCUCUAGGCUGUAUCUCUCGGUACUCAGCAGGCAGUGUGUAUUACUAUCCAUCAUACCACCAUCAGCACAAUCCAGUGCAAGUGCAGAAAUUCCAGAAGGAACUCCACAGGUACCUUACUCGCAAGAUUGGAUUUGAGGCAGUCAUGAGGAUCCGGUGCACCAAAGGUCUUUCCAUUCAUACUUUCCAUGGGAACUUCUUCGUCCGCUCUACAGACUUACUGUCUCUUCCCAACGUAAACCCGGAUGCUGGGUAUGCAGUACAGAUGUCAGUAGAAGAGAGUCUCACUGACACGCAGCUGGUUUCCUUUCAGUCAGCCCUCUUAUAUACAUCGAGUAAAGGUGAAAGAAGAAUCCGAGUCCAUACUUUGUGUUUGCCUGUAGUCUCUACCCUGAAUGAAGUCUUUCUUGGAGCUGAUGUGCAAGCAAUUUCAGGGUUAUUGGCCAACAUGGCUGUUGAUAGGUCAGUGACUGCCAGCCUAAGUGAUGCCCGGGAUGCUCUGGUGAACGCUGUCAUAGACUCUCUCUCAGCUUACCGCUCUUCAGUCCUGAGUAGCCAGCAGCCAGGCCUCAUGGUUCCUUUCUCCUUGAGGCUUUUCCCACUUUUUGUGUUGGCUCUCCUUAAACAGAAAUCUUUCCAGACUGGGACAAAUGUUCGUCUAGAUGAACGAAUUUUUGCCAUGUGUCAAGUGAAAAACCAGCCGUUGGUUCACCUCAUGCUCACAACGCACCCCAGUUUGUACAGAGUUGACAACCUCUCAGAUGAGGGAGCUCUCAACAUCAAUGACAGAACCAUACCUCAGCCCCCCAUUCUUCAGCUGUCGGUGGAGAAGUUGAGCAGAGAUGGAGCGUUCCUCAUGGAUGCAGGCUCAGUACUGAUGCUUUGGGUUGGAAGAAAUUGUGCACAGAAUUUUCUCAGCCAAGUUCUGGGAGUUCAAAACUAUGCAUCAAUUCCACAGACAAUGACAGACCUUCCAGAACUUGAUACACCAGAAUCUGCCAGAAUGACAGCUUUCAUCUCCUGGCUUAGAGAACAGAGGCCAUUUUUCCCAAUACUCUAUGUAAUCAGAGAGGAGAGUCUGAUGAAGGCAGCCUUCCUUCAGAACCUGGUAGAAGACAGAACGGAGUCAGCGCUGUCAUAUUAUGAAUUCCUCCUGCACAUACAGCAGCAAGUGAACAAGUGACAAGUCGUGGGCUGCUGAGGAACCACUUUCAGAGUUCCUGAGGAUACAGUACCUUCCUUUCCUCCUUAAAAUUGUGAACAAAUGUGAUGAUGAUUACGAUGUUUCACUGUGAUUUCAACCAACUAUAGCAAAUAAAGGACCACAGCUGAGGGUCAGACGUGCAACUCCAAAAUACUGUAUUUUUCAAAUCAAAAUAGAUGUCUACACGAUUGGAAACCUUUUUUUCCCCUUUGCUGCCAACUAUGUUUGAGUUGUUAUGGAUUGAGAUGAGACAAUAUUGCAGAGGCAAAGUACAUUUUAUAAAAUAAAGACUUCUGUGUUCUGCAUUUCUAUUUCUCAUUUUUUUUUUAUUUUUAUGAGUUUUUGGCUGCUACAUUUAAAAAACCUCACAAGACUACGUGUUGCAGGGAGUUUCAAGUCUAUCAAUAAUGAUCUUUUUUAAAUUGGGAAAUCCAAAAGUCAACAGACUGUAGAAAAGCUGGAAUCCAUUCCCUUUACAUGUUUGGUUUUUGCCCCACCCCCCCACCUUUUUUUAAGGAAGGCAAAAGAUCAUGUUAACUAAAGUUGGAGUAAGCCAGCUCUGGUCCUGCUUGGGAAGAACAUAAAGUAACUGUCAAGCUUUAAAGUCUGUCAGUAUUUUCUCUACUUGAACAAAGUCACUUUAAUUUGAGGUGAAAACUAAUUAGGUGGUUUUCUGCUGUUUUAUUCUGCCAUGAAUAGAAUUUGAGCUGUCUUCAUGAAGAUCCCAGGACUGGUAUUGAAGUAGGAGCCCGUUGCCUUGACCCACUGAGUGGGCUUUUGUUUGGUCCAUUCCUGCUGUGAUUGAUAAAGAGUUGUGACUGUGGCACACCAGAGUGACAGCAGCUGAAAGUUCCAUCAAUGCAGCCUUAGAGUACAUUAGCAUUUCUCUAAGGAGUUUAAUAAUUACAUUGGAAGCCACUCAUGUAUUCUGAGAUAUUAAAACCUGUUAAAAGUGUGGAUGCUGCUGUCUGAGUUGGUGGACAUUAAGAUUGUACAAAUCCAUCGUAUUAAAGUUAUAAAAGAAACUUGAUUUCUUAACAUGCUCUAAAGACUGCUUGUUUUGAUUCAGUUAGAUUACAGUCAAACUAUCGGAUGGCUUUUGUUUACAAAUAGGUAAAUUAUCCGUGUGUAUUUAAGUGCUGUGUUGUCUUUAAGGGUUUGCCUCAGUUUUCACAGGUUCAUCAUCGUGUAUGAACUUCUCCAGUAAUGUCUGUGUGUAAGACUCAGAGAUUUUUUCUGUUUUUUGUUUUCAUAGAUUAGAAAUGUGUUUACAGUCUCCGUCUCAAAUGAUCACCAGUGAAAUGUAACUUCCAGGCUUACAUCCACAGGGGCUGACUUUAACUCCUGGAAGGGAAGCAGCAGGUCCCUAGAGUAUAGAGCCACUGCUUGCCAGCGGCUUCCCAGUAACAGGGAGAGUAACAGUGUUAGGGUUCAUUCUCUUUUUAAAUUCUAAGCCACACAGCAUGGUGGUUCAUGAUCCUUACUCUGGUAUUUAAGAGGCUAAAGCAGGAGAUUGCUAGCUUGGCUACAUAGCAAGUGCGAGACCAGCCAGACUUUGUCUCAAAAAGACAAUUGUUUCAGUGUACAUAUAGUACAUUCAAUUGAGGUUUGGUUUUUUUUUUUUUUUUUUUUUUUUUUUUUUUUUUUGUUUUUUUUUUUUUUGAAAGCUGCUUCAUUUAUUGAGAAGCAUUUUUCAAACUAUAACCAAUUAAAUUUAUAUUGUUUCUCCUCUUUUUAAGAGACAGCCAUUAUAUACAAUGUUCCUUUAAAUGAACUAAAGUCUUCUUUUUAAUGCGAUUUUAAAUGUUAGUGUUUUUUAGGUUCUCUCUUCAUAGUAAGGAAUCUUCCAGAGGGAAAUGUUGCGCUCCUAGGGAAACCUUCCCCGUGCCUUCCCUGAGUGAGUCUGACCCUAUUAGCACCUGCUUGGUAGUAUAUUUCACAAAUUUACUUUUAAAUUUUAUUUUAGAUAUUAUAUAAUGUGCAAUCCAGAGUAAUUUUAUAACAGUCAUAAAAACAUAACUAUUAAGGUUCACAACCUUGUUCUCUAGACAAGAGAAUGAACCUAUACUGAUAUAAUUAUUUUUUUGCUAUGUUGAAUGUUUUUCAGUUUUGACUUUUUUUCAGUAAGACACUACCCGUCCUACCAUCCUGUAUUACUUUCUGAUGUAAAGCAACUAAUAUUUACACUAUGCCAUAUUUUUUUUAUUGUAGUUGUAAAUUAUGAAAGAUCCUUGAAUUUUCUACAGAUCUACAACUACUAAAGUAACAGACAAGGGCAAUCUUGAUAUAUAAAUCUGAGCAUGGCAGUUCUACCAUAAAAAGUACUCUAUUUUUCUAAUUUCUAGAAUUUUUAAAAUAAUGUUUCUGUAAGUCUGACAUACUAAUAUUCACUCAAGCAGUAACAUUUAUUUUAGCUUGCAUAUAUUUUAAUUUAAUGUAAUGUAUUGAGUCUAAUAGACUGUUUUGCAAUAAUUAGAGUAAAAGAUUUACUUCUUCUAAUCAGAGAUGCAGAACAGCUCUCAUCUAGGGACCACCAAAUGUGAGUUCACAGUUUUAACUACUAUAAACACAAUCCGUACAUAGAAAAUUUAAUUUUGUAAAGUAGCCUGUAUGAUAUUGUAACAUUAAGUCCAUGUUCUCAAAUCAAAAAUAUGUGUUGACCUCCAGUGUGUUGUGCUCAGUCUUGCUCUGAAAUGUUGAGGCAAGAUUGGUCUUCCUUUUUACAGAUUGUAAUUUUCACUGUUUUAUUCCUGUUUUUAAAAAAAGUCAUUUGUAACCCAUGCAAACAAUCGUUUGAUCUGUGCUAACUUAUAAAUUUGGCUAUUCAAUAAAGUUAAUCAAAAGAGCUUA